UCUUGUUCAAGUAGCUAAGCGUUUGAAUUUGAUCGAAGACUACCUUAAUUUCGCUACUGUCUGCAAAUCUUGGCGAAGUGUGGCCACUAAGGACAACUUUAACAGUGACCUGCCUAGGGUACCAUGGCUUAUGUUAGCCGAGGAAGAAGGCAAUGAUGACAGUGCCUGUCGAAAAUUCUUCAGUCUUUAUAAUGGUAUGAUUUUGAAGAAGAACAUUCCGAAAGCUAACGAAAAAAGGUGUAUGGAAUGCAUGGGAUGGCUUAUUGCAGUGGGAAAAGACCAGGGGGAAAUUUGUCUGCUACAUCCCUUCUCCGGUGUCCAGAUUGAGUUGCCACAUCCAAAUAUCACCAAAGGUUAUCUUUGCCAAUAGACUCAGGAUCCAUGGACCUUUUUUCACAAGGCAGUUUUGUCGGCUAGUCCUUCUAAAACAUCAGACUACGUUCUCAUGGUCAUUGAGGCAAAUAAUAAGUACCUCAGUUAUUGGAGGCCAGGUCAUUUGAGAUGGACUCGGAUUAAAGAAGAAGCGUCUCUUCUUCGUGAUGUAGUCUACUUUAAUGGCAAAUUUUAUGCCAUUCGUUGGCUAGGCGACAUGCUAGUUUGUGAUUUUACUGGUGGUGACCCAACUGAGGCUCAGAAAGUAGCUCAGUUGCCUCGACAUCAGGUUGGAGAUGAACAGUACAUUGUAGAAUCACUAGGAUCGUUAUUUGUAGUUGCGCGACAUGGUUGUCUCGUUAAAUCCAGGAUUCCACUGACACCUGAUGAUGAAGUUUGUGAUGAUGAGGUUGAUGAGAAGCUAACUUUUGAGACAAGAUAUUUUCGGGUUUACAAGGUCGAUUUAGCUGCUGGAAAAUUGACAGAAACCAAAGAAUUAGGAGACAGAGCUAUCUUUUUGGGUGCUAAUGCAUCUCUAUCAGUCCAAGCUUCUCAAUUUCCUGGAGUUAAGCCAAAUCACAUUUAUUUCACGGAUGAUAAUUAUGUUAUGUACUGCUCAUAUUUAGAAGGAGGCAGCUUGGACAUGGGUGUUUUCAACAUAGCAGAUGACACCAUCGUGCCUCACUAUGAAGGUGUUUCGCUCAGUCGUUAUACUCCACCAACUUGGGUCACACCGACUCUCUAUUAAUUUAUUUUGAAGUCAAGUUUGUUUAGUCUUUUGGCUUACUUAUUUUGAUUUUGGUCCUUAUGUCUGUUUUAGAAGGGAGCUGUAGGCUCAGUUUCCAUUUAGAUUUCUCUAUUUUGUUUUGGGAGGCAGGCUAGCAUUGUAAACUUAUCUUUAUAUCUGCAACUCUUAUUUUCCUUGCUUUAAUUGCUAAUUCUGAGUUGAUUUCUAG